CCUUAACGUGUUGACAAAAUUUAUUUAGCAUCUUAGGAUUAUUUUGGAUGACCAAUUUUUUCAGCCAAUAUCGGGAGACCACUGUAUUUCUGUUGUGAUCCCCACACGUGAGUCAGUUGCAAACUGAGCAUUUCCUCUUAGAAUUCUUUUUAUUGGCACAACGUGCCGUAUCUGAAUUAAGAGCUGUGUUGGAGCUGCAAAACAAAAGAUAAACACUCAUUAAUAUGCAUGUUGUGAAUCGAGUGCAAACUUAGAUUAGUUAAUCAAUGAUCGACUCUUGCAUUAGAGUCGCACAUUGAGCCGCAAUUUCAUUUCAUUUAUGUAGUUCUGUGUUUGACAACUACAAGUGAAAUUAUAAGAUUCAAAAUAUGUAAUUACAUUUAUUUUACUGAUGGGCGGAAUUUGAAAUUAGCCGCACUGUUAUCGAUAAUUGGUAAAUUGGGCAAAAUAUCGUCGACGAUAGUUUAAUUUCGAUAUAUUGUUGAAAAUAAUAUAAAUAAAAUAAAGGCGCCCAAAAUGGACCUCAAGCUUAUGAUUUUGCAAACAUGCACGGGGAAAUUGCUAUCCGAAUACCAAUUAAAUUUACUCAGUAAAAACAACAUAGGGUCCCUGAUCGACUUUUAUGAUGCGGAUGAGAAGAAACUCCACGAGCUAUGGGCCAUUAAUAUACAAUCUGUUCGAGAAUUGAAGAAGGAAUUAUCUCUGUUGCCAAAAGGCUCCGAUGGUGAGGUUAGUCCGGACUUGAAUUACGGGACGGGAAUCGAAGAGUUAGACAAACUGUUGGACUCCGUGGAGCAGCCCUUCAAGCCAGGCAGGAUCUGGGAGCUCUGUGGUCAACCAGGUGUGGGCAAGACCCAGCUGUUGUACACGUUGGCCUUUAAUUUCGUUUGGAAGCAUACCCAACCAGUAUUAUUCAUAGACACCAAGCGGGAAUUCUCCUGUAAGAGGAUACAGGACAUGCUCCGGGCCAGGGAAGGGGAUGUAGAAGCCCGUGAAGCGGUCAUGAGAGGAAUCCAGGUCGUGCAGGCUGCUUCUGGUGCUGAUAUAAAUGAACUGCUAAAAUCCUAUGAUCAGCAAUUGACCGCCGAAGAACCGGCUUCCAUGCAAACGAAGUUGGUGCUUAUUGAUUCUCUUGCCGCUUGCUUUGCUUACCACCGCGGCAGAAGGAUGCGGGACGUCAAAAAGUCAGUGCUGACAGAAUUGGCUUGCAGGAUCCGGAGGCUCGCUCUCAGGGGCGUGGCUUUUAUCAUCGGGAAUGUGUCAUUCUUUGGAAACGAUAAAGAUACUUGUGGUGAUGACGGCGAGAAAGAUGGCGACGAUGAGGAAAUGACGCGACAGCAGUUGGAACCCAUGCUGGGUACCUAUUGGAGCUCGGUUGCCACGCUCAGAUUGUCGGUGGAGCUUCCAGAGGAAGAGGACUUCACCCUUCAGGACGAUGGCCUACGUUUCAUGUACGUCAUCUCGAACACCUAUGGUCCUGAUGGUAAGCACUGCCUGCUGCGCAUCACGGAUGCAGGUGUGGUUUAACGCCGGGAAAAUGGGUUCUGCGGAUUGUGUUGUUUGUAGGACUUUAGAACCCGUUUGCCCGGCUCCAGAGCAUCGCCCAGACCCGGACGCUUACGCUUGUUGGAAUUACCCGGAGUAGCCUCUACGACCACAGGCACUGAAUGAUCCGGUAAUGCAACCUUCUCCGCCGCUUCAUCCACCGACAAGUCAGAAUCGUGGGCAUACUGACAACUGGUGCCAAAGCGGCAGCGUCCUCGUCUAAAGUUCCAGCAAAUCUUACGGCCGUUCUUCAACUUUUGGUGCGCGUCGUUUUCUACCAUCUUCACGUGCCGCUCCAGUGACGCGGUUUUGUGCAGCUCGGCCUCCAGAAAGGGAUUGCUGAACACAUCCCCCUUUCCAGCUCCUUGGGCAAGAGCUUGGCUCGCACUGGGCAACUUGGGAGCAGGAGUCUUCUCUUUUUCGGCUGGUGGCACACUGAAAAUGUACAAGGAUCUGAAUCCCAUAUCAUACUUCAGGUACAAAACAAUGCCACCUUUUGGUUUCCCCGUCUUCGGAAGAUUGACUACAGCUGUCUUCAUCGGACUCGGAGGAGUUGCUAUAAUCUGCCACAAGCGACAUUAUUUUUGUUUUGUUUAUAACUCUAGCCAAAGCAAUGUGCUGGGAAAAAUAAUCUAACGCGUUUUUCUUCGCCACAUAAAAAUACCGAAAAUAUACCUUUUAAUACUCACCCUGCACUUAACAAAAAAAAGAGUAUUUAGCGUAAAUUAUUUUAAGCCCCUUUAAAAAAUUAAAACCAGUUACUGGUUGACUCCUAAUGGUGGCAAGAAAUUGCUCUAUUUUUAUUAUUUUCUGAGGUUGAUUGAGGCUCCGAUUUUUAACCAGUAAGAUUGAAUUAACGUAUGUAAAUAGUCACUUUUGGGGUUUUCAUUUGUAAUGAAUCGGCUUUAUUCCAUAAUAUGUAUAAUCACUUUAUGCAUGCUCUAGUUAGGUUGUUUAUGCGCGGUGUAUAAACUAACAACUAAUUAUUUAUACAGUUGGUUUUUUAUAAAUAUAAAAAAUGAAAC